GGGACAAUUCGAUACACGAACUUUGCACCGUUCAUCUCGACACAAUGGCUGGCCCCGUGGAUACGUGCACAUGUGGAACUUGCUGCAAAGUUCGCGUAACAAUCCAACAAAUCUUCAAUGUACUAGACAUAUACGGCUGGUUAUUGGACUCGUAUGUCGUGGACUUCUUCCAGGAACAAUUAUGGGAAAAGCUGCCGAAUAGCUGGAAGAUCUUUCUGCAAACUGUAUCGCCCGAAGAGUUCGGGAAAUGGUUAGCUAAUGACAUCUCGUGCAAACGCGUAUGGCCACUGUCAUUGCUUGCACUUCGGCAGAUAACAAAGGAUUUACAACUAGACAGAGAUCAUCGAAAUGAUGGAAGCACCUUGCGAUGCAGAGCAAAAAAAUUCGAAUGCAAUUCGGAGAAUUUUAUCGUGGAAAAUAAGAAUGAAAGAUCACACGAGAUACACGUUGCUUUGAAGAAACAUAAUAAUCUCUUUCUGAAACAUGUUAAGAAAAAAAAACGAUACGAGAUACAACAGAUAGCACAGAUAUGUGCAGAUUGUGCACAAGAGUCCAAGACAAGAUGUAUUGUUGAUAUUGGAGCAGGAAUGGGUCAUUUAGCUCGGUCCUUAGCAUUUAAACAUGGUUUAUGCGUAAUAUGCAUUGAACAAGAUACAGAAUUGUCACAGCAAGCAAGAAAAUGGGAUAAAGAAUUAUUAAUAUCCUUAUCUAAACAUUUGCCUGCUUUGUCAGCCAAUCGUCCACAACAUGUAUCAAUCAAACUUGAAAAUACCAAUUCUAAUCGAUCAAAGACAACCGAUGAUAUGCAAAAAAUAUUUUCCAAUGAUUUUAAUCUAAGUGAAAAAAGAUCUGGGUUUGGAAUUGUGGGAUUACAUCCAUGUGGAGAUCUUGCAGCUACAUUAUUGAAACUUUAUACAUCUCAAUGUGAAACAAGAUUUAUUUGUAUCGUCGGGUGUUGUUAUAUGAAAUUAACAUUAAAAUAUCCAGUGAGCGCAUUAAGUGGAUAUCCACUAAGUAAAUAUCUGUCAUCAUUUGCAAAUUACAAGUUAUCUUAUACGGCAUUAGAAGUAGCAUGUCAUGCUAUUGAGAGUUACUGUGAUAAACUUAAAACUGGGAAUUAUGAAGAUUUAAUAGUACAUGCUUAUAGAGCUAUUUUGGAAACUAUCUUAAUAAAACGAGACAGUCAGUUACGUCAUUCUCAAGUAAAGAAUGUCAAAGUGACAAAAUCUAUGACGCUUAAACAAUAUUGCGCACUUGCGACUGCAAAUUUUGAGGAGCAUCUCCGACCUAAAGAUUCGGAUUUCCAGAAUUUGCAAGUAAAGUUUUACUUAAGUCGAUGGCAACACAUUGUAAUAUUUGGCGCAUUACGUACGAUGUUAGCUCCAUUAGUGGAAACUAUAGUUUUAUUGGACAGAUUCUUAUAUUUAUCAGAAAAUCAGUUAUGCCCAAUAUUAAAACCUAUCUUUGAUGCAAGAUUGUCCCCUCGAAAUUUCUUACUAUUUUCAAUGAAAAAUAUCGAGCAA